GUCCACAUCGACGGCAUAUCGAGGGAUCCACGCUGCCGAUGGCAUCAUCUCUGGACCACCUUCAUGCACCGUUAUGAUGAUGCCCACUCAGCAAUCCUUAUUAACUUCCAACGACCGACUUAUGCAGAUCCGCGCGUUAACAGUGAAGCCGAUGCUGCUCGGGCGCCGAUCAAGCGUAUCCGGCUUCGCCAGCGCACCAAGCGAGACGAAGAUGCGAACGUGUUCAUCUACUACCCGAUCAACCCCGCCUACAACCCCAAGUGCAGCCGGGAAGACUUUGACAAAUUGCUCCGUUUUGGGUGUUACGAAGGGACUUGGUGCGACGAGCAGAAUGCUUUUCCUAGUGAAAUCCUGGCCAACGACUCGUUGGCCCGCAUCUGCUACCCGCGCCCGUUGAAGACCUACAUUCUUGGCCAGGGCAGGUACAAGCCGUGGUGCACCGAACCUCACGCCAAUCCGUUUGAGCCGAAGAAUGUGGCGAGCUGGGGAUGUAUGAUACUGCCGUUCUGCAAGCUGGACCAGCCCGGAGAAUUUGAUGAACAAAAAUACCUGCGACCUGUCAGCGACAACGGAGACCUGCUGAACUGCAUGGAUAUUUGUCCAAGGAAUGAAAAUGGCCGUGGAUUGACGGAGAAACCGGAUUGUCGACCCAUCCCUAGCAAUCCGGAAAAAGACUAUUUCGGUGUCCUCGGCAUUACGGAGAAGCUGGAUUGGUGCGACGUGGAGAAGUCGCGUCGCCGAGACCCGUGGUCACUCAACCCACCGUGCAAUCCGAUCCCGCAAUGUCGAGGAAAUGUCGACGGGCGUGCUCCGGAUACGAGGGAUUGGCGCAAGAAUCUGCUCUACUACAAGAAUGAUGUUGCCGGUAUCCCAUGUGUAGUCUACAAACAGUGCAGUGCUUUGACGGAAGAGGAGAGGAAGGAGUUCCACUGCGUCGGCUCGGUCCAGACAACAAGCACGACAAAAGCCUCUACGACCACAACGGCAAAGACUACGGCAAAGACAACGACCGAGAAACCGAAAGACGGACUGGGGGAUGAGGUCAUCUUGAUUGCAGCCCUGGGUGGCGGACUCUUGGUGUUCAUCGUCGUGAUCAUCAUCGUGCUGUGCUUCUGUCUGAAGAAGAAAGACCAGGGCCCGAAAGGAAGCAAGCCGAUUGUCGAUGACAUGAUGAACGUCGGCGUUGGCACGGCGGUCGUCGACCUCGAUGUGCACUGCAAGCACUGGCGGAAGGUAAUCCGACUACUCGUCUCCACCUACUCGAUCCAACGAUGGGCAUCGCCAUCACUCGUCUACCAC